AUGGCGGACGAAUCCACAAAUCACCGAGAAUCCCUGGCGGCUUGGAAUGCCCAUAAUUCCGUGGGUCGUAUCGAUACUGAAUCUACCACUCAUGAGUUUCUUCGUCGAGCAUAUCCAGAAUACCACAUUACACGCACCGUUCCGUCUAAGUGCGACUUAUUGGGAUACGCCCGAGCUGGGCAUGCCACGUCCAUCCGCCAGUUUGAAGAAGACCUUGACGCGACUCGUGUCUAUCGUUUGCCUUCAUCGAGGAUGGACGAAACAUCCGGAAAACUUGAAGACGUUGUGAAUUUUGCCCGUUGGAAAUACGAGUGGCAAGGCAAAGAUUUCAUCGUAUAUCAGUUGGCCUACGUUAACCAGUUUCACCAAAAUAUCCACUUCCUCUUUGUCCUAGCUUCCAACUUGCCUCAGUUUGUGCAUCAUGGCCACCAUGAGUUCACUGAUGCGCUACUGCUUGCUUCAGGCUCAUGGACAACUGAGCUCCAUGAAGAAAUCUGGGUAUACGAUAACUCAGAGUGGAUUAAGAGCAAGGGGCUUUGGAAGAGCGUUCAAGGCUCUUCGUGGGACGAUGUGAUUCUCAAUCCAGCGAUGAAAGACAAGCUUGUUCAAGACAUUGAAGGAUUCUUCAACAGCCGAGAUAUGUAUGGAAAACUAAAAAUUCCUUGGAAGCGUGGCUUGAUCUUUCACGGCGUGCCUGGAAACGGCAAGACAAUAUCCAUUAAAGCGAUAAUCAACGCACUUGCUAAGCGCCCGCAUCCUGUCCAAUCUCUCUAUGUGAAAUCACUGGACGCCUGCUCCGGGCCGAAAUGGUCAAUUAAGCAGAUAUUUCGGAAGGCCCGCCGAAUGGCUCCGUGCCUCCUUAUUUUCGAAGAUCUUGACAGCCUUGUUGGUGACAGUACCCGCAGUUAUUUUCUCAACGAGGUCGAUGGCCUUGAGUCUAAUGACGGCAUUCUCAUGAUCGGCUCUACAAAUCAUAUUGAACAACUAGAUCCAGCUGUGACAAAGCGACCUAGCCGGUUUGACCGCAAGUAUCAUUUCAAGCUUCCAAAUGAAGAUGAGCGCAUCGCGUAUUGUCGUUAUUGGCGCCAAAAGUUCAGCGAAUCUGAUACCGUGGAUUUUCCGGACGAAAUGUGCACUGUUAUUGCACAAUUGACAGAAGAAUACAGUUUCGCAUAUCUCAAAGAACUCUUCAUCACUUCGCUUCUUCUACUUGCCAGGGGUGGCGUCGAAGAAGUCAGUGAGAUUAAAGACGCUGCGAGCAGCUACUUUGUCAAGGAUACAAUUUCCCAGUCGAGUUCUGUGGUGCCUGCAAAGACUACAACAAAUGAUGUUAAUACGAAUGAGAAUGUCACAGAGUCCAAGUCUUCUGAGGAAGAUACCAAACAGUCUACGAAGCGGACCGUACCAGAGGUCGACAUUCCGGUAUCACUUCAGGACAAUAUUUUGUUAUGUAUUAUUAUAUUGCAGGCCAAAUCGCUUUUGGAAGAAAUGGAUCAUGGAUCUAGUAGCGCCGUUCAGAAAGUGAGUGGUGCAUCUAGACCGCCUCGUAUUCGUCUUCCAUGGACUUCGCUGCUUGAUGAAGAAGACGAAGAUUAG